CGAAAAAAGAUAUUCCAAAAAGGAAAUCGCCAUUCUUCUUUAUUUUGGAAAGCCUUUCAAAUAAGCAGCAAUCUUGGGCACUUUAACCUCGUCCCCAGGUCGCCCCAUCAAAUGUGGGAAGGGUGGAAAAAGACCCUGGUCUUGGUCGUUCGAUUCUGUCAUUUGAUUGAUAAAAUAAUUUAUGCAGUUUUAAUUGUUUUUGAGCACAAAAGGGCGAUGCCCUGCCAGGAAGUGACAUCUAGUGCAUUCACUUUAAGAAUGUCUCUUAAAAUGCUAUGAUUUUAAAUUGCUAAGGGAUAAUCACAAAGUGUCGAUAAGUGAACGGAAGUUAUUGAAAACCAAAUGAGCGCAUAAUUCCUGUUAAGUGGUCUCGGCGUUGCAUUCCAACUGACCGCAACAAUGAGGCUUGUUUAAGCGAUUUCCGCUUUGAAGGAAAUACUUUUUGAAUUGCAAGAAUUCUCUGUUCCCUUUCAGUCUCGGGCAGUUUUUGUCGAAAAGAAUUUCCAGAGAAUCUUCUUGUCAAGGCCGCUACAGCUUUAGUUCCAAGUGAUGUAUCCUUGUCACGAACAAAAGCCGAUUGGUUUAAUAUGAAAUUUUCAAUGCCCAACUACUUCACUGCUUAACAAAAAGCGGAUGUUCGAUUGGCUCUCAGACUGAAUUAGCGUCAGACAAGUCAAACGGAAAGAAUAUUACUGAAAUAUAUUGAGGAAUCCGAACCAGACACGACAAGAAUGCACUUUCCAACAUGAUGGUGAGAAGUUUGAACUUGGCGAUGGUUUGGACUGUUCUCGUUUCACUUGCAACGUCAAUCACAGCUUUGUCUAAAGUUAAUCCCGUAAUACUCGUUUCUCUUGAUGGACUUGGAUGGCAGAUUAUGGAAGAUAAACUCGCGAACACGCCAAAUCUCGACUACAUCACUAGAACAGGCGUCAAGUCCAAGUGUAUUCGCACAGUGACUCCAAGCUUGACGUGGCCGAACCACCAUACUUAUAUGACGGGUCUGUACCCGGAAAGCCACGGAAUCGUGUCCAAUGUGUUUUAUGAUCCACUUUACAGCGAGUGGUUUAUUUACGAGAGUGAUUGUUCCAGUUAUGACCCGAAGUUCUACAACGAUUCUGAACCGAUCUGGUUGACCCUCCAAAGACAGGGAGGGGUUAGUGGGGUAUAUUUUUGGCCGGGUGCAGGCGGUUACGAGGAUCGACCGACGUUUUUUGCUAAACCGAUAUGCAACGUGAACUGUCAGACAAAAGACAAAGACCUAUCGGCGGCAACAAACUCGUCGUAUUCCCCUCACUGCGUGUUGAAUUUUUCAGAGCCAUGGCAUUCUAGAAUUGAUCAAGUUGUACAAUGGCUUACUUCUGAAGAUCCGCCGCAGUUUGUUGCUGUUUACUUCGAGGAGCCUGAUAUCAAGGGACACAAAUUUGGCGUUUAUUCUCAAGAAUAUCUGAACGAGAUCGAGCGAAUCGAUGAGGAAAUUGUGGGAUAUCUUUUAGACCGUUUGUCGCAUUCUAACUUACUUGAUGAAGUCAACUUAAUGUUUGUUACUGAUCACGGUAUUUCUAAUGCAUCUGAAGGCAGAGAGAUCUAUCUCGACGACUACGUCGAUCCCUCAUUAUACUUCCUGUCCCAAAUCGGAACCGCAGCGCAUGUCUGGCCCUUGGAGGGCAAAUUUCAAGAGGUUUACGGCGCCUUAAAACGCGUCAAACACUCGUAUAUCAAAGUGCACAAAAAGGAGGACAUCUCUGAUGUCCUGCACUGGAAGAAUAACCGACGAAUCCCACCGAUAUUUGUUGAUCCGGACCUAGGCUGGCAGGUGUUCCAGUCAGCGCCGGAGUUUCCAAGCACCGCAUCCCUGGUUUACGGCGCACAUGGCUGGUCGAGCGUACACCGUGAAAUGUGGUCAAUAUUUUUCGCCCGAGGACCUGCAUUUCGCCAAGGUGUAGAAAUGGGGGAGUUUGAAACUGUUGACCUUUACCCCCUUAUGUGUCAGUUGCUAGGUAUAAAUCCGCGUCCCAAUAACGGUUCUUUGAUCAACGUAAAGGGUAUGCUGAAGGCAAAGCUACACAGUAGUUACAGCAGUGAAGGAAUAUUUUUGACUCCUUGUUGUAACUUGAUGUGUCAUGUUUUAACCCUCUUGAUCAUGGUAACAAGAAUGUAGUGCUACAUUCAAAGCAUCCACUAUUUGAUCCCUAAAUUUCAUCCUGCUUGUCACUUGUUAACUUGUCAGUAAAAACUGCACUACAGUCCGUAUUUAGCACGAUUUCGGCGCGCGAGACCUGGCGUCUAAGAGGGACUAGAAAAAGACCCUGAAAAAUAUUUCUCACCUCACUCAAUUCGUGUUUCAUGUAGCGUAAUCUCGAGAAACUAAUGAGAAAAGAGAGUCUUGAAGUCUAAUCAAGCGAUAUUGUAGCGAGAAUCUAAAAAAGUUCUUAACUCUUAACAGUGUAAUGGUUUAUGCAUUGGUUGACUGCUUACCAAAUCACCAAAUGGGAUACUUACCAAAUGGGAUACUUGAGUUGUCAC